GCAGCUCCUCCCUCGGCCCUCACCAUCUCCGUCUCGACUCAUCAUCAACUCAACAGCAUUAGCAGCAGCAGCCUCGCUCCCUCGUUUCGUCUCUUCCGGCGUCCAUUCUUCUCCUCACCAGGACCGCGAAAUGGAGGCGACGAAGAUGAGGCUGUUCUUCGCUGUCGUGGUUGCCCUGAUGGCGGCCUUGGCCGUCGAGAAGGUGGCAGCAGCUGAGGCCCCUGCCCCGAGCCCCACCUCAGACGCCGCCACAUUUGCCCCCGCUGCUGCGUUCGCCUCCCUCGCAGCCCUCGCGUUCGGCUACCUCUUCUGAAGAGAUAAGACUCCCCGUCGUGGGAGGAGUGUCUGUGCUGUGCAGAGUUGAAGACCGCCCUCUUUCCUGUCUUGAGGAAAUGGGGUUGAGGCUUUUCUAUUUAGUGCCGUUUUCCGUUUUCAAUUCUUUGGUUGAUAUCAAUCGAUCGAACGCAUUCACACCGUGCUACUGACGAUCAUUGAUUACUGUAUUGAGUGUUCCAAUUUGUUCGAUUUGGGAACCAGUUCAGUUAUUUCUGUGCUUAUUCACUUCAAUUCCUUCCGA